UGAAAUUUUUGCCCAACCCAAAGCAAAAGUACCCAACUGAACUAUUUCACUUCCAUGCACUGCUGUGUUUUUAUCCUUUACACAGAGUAUACUUAAGCAUACUUACUUAGAAGUAAGUUUAUUGCAACCCUAACAAUGCAAAAGAGAAAUCCUAGUUUAAAUACAGUGCAACUCUAUGUGCUAUUUGUGUGUGUGUGUUAUGUGCCGUCAAGUGCUAUUUACUCAGAAAUAAACCUCACUGUAUUCAGCGAGGUUUGCUAGAGGGGAAGAGUGGAAUAGGACUGCAGCUUUAAAUACCACCAGAUCUUGCAGCACCUUCAAGGAAAGGGCUAGAAACUUAUGCACGCUAACCUGGGACUAAAUCCUAGGGUUGCCAGCUCUGGUUGGUUAAUUCCUGGAGAUUUAAGGGUGACGUCUUGGAGAGAGUAGAGUUUGAAGAGGGGAGGGACCUCGGCAGGGUCCACCCUCCAGAGCAGCCAUUUUCUCCAGGAGGCUUGAUUCCUGUUGUCUGGAGAUCCAUUAUAAUCACGGGAGAUCUCCAGGCCCCAUCUGGAGAUUGGCAACCCCAUGAACUAGAUGGGAUUCAGUUCUGACUAGACCUGUUGAGGCGUGCUCCGCUCCCGAACACAUUUACUGCAGUGAAUGCAUUCGCUCUGAAGGGGUUUCAAAGACCCUGGCGCGAUUUCGACGGCAAACGCCUAACACAGCUCCCUCUCUGUCAUUAGACUCUAUGGUCAAACAGGAAACCAGGUACCGUGCGUUACUCUGGCCUUCACGUCUCUAUGGUUUCGCGCUUCCCCGCCUGCAGCCUCUCAGAGUGGGUUGCCCCAGCAACCGCGUUUGACUUCGCGUCGUUUUUUACAGGCCGCUCUAGCAAUCGCUGACGUUUCCCUCUAUGGAUCGGUCCCGUCGCCUCCGUUCUUCUGGACGACGGUUAGUUGGUUCUUUCGGCCUGAAUCGCCCUUUCUGUGGCUGAGGCGAGUGAACGGUCCUGGGACAGGUUUGUACAGGAAGUGACGUCCGCAGCCGGGGGCAGGUUAGGAAACGCAUACGGAAGAAGGUCACUUGGACGCAGGAGGUGGAGAGGACUCCUGACGGGAGACCGAGGAGGGUUUGUUGAAGACUGUUAUAAUGCACUGUUUCUUGUAGAAGACUCUGGAGCCCUGGCUACCCUAGGUUGGUAGACUGGACAUCAUGGCUGAAGCUGUCCAUUACAUCCAUCUUCAGAACUUCAGCAAGUCUCUUCUGGAAACCCUGAAUGGGCAGCGUCUGGGCGGACACUUCUGUGAUGUGACGGUGCAUAUCCAGGAGGCCACGUUGCGUGCCCACCGGUGCGUGUUGGCUGCCGGCAGCCCCUUUUUCCAUGAUAAGUUGCUCCUGGGCUACUCUGAGAUUGAGGUGCCCCCUGUGGUGCCCAGCCAGGUGGUGCGGCAACUAGUGGAGUUCAUGUACAGUGGGUCUCUGGUUGUAGCCCAGUCUGAAGCUCUGCAGAUCCUCACGGCUGCCUCUAUACUACAGAUCAAGACCGUUAUUGACGAAUGCACCCAGAUCAUUUCCCAGAGCCGCAGCCCGAAGCCUCCGGCUGCUCCUCCAUCAGUGCCCCUCUCCCUUCCUAGAGUUCUGCCUGCCAAGCCCCAAGAGCAAGCCCCCAAGGAGGCUAUUGGUGGCGUUGCCAGGCCUGGGGACCUUGAGGCCCCCCACCUCGAACCUCCCAAGCUGCUCUGCGCGUCUGAGGUGCGCUAUAAGCUGCGUGACCUUCUCUCCUCCCAGCAUAGGGAGGCUAGGGUAGCUACCUGCGAGGGAGGCCUGAGCGAUGGGGAAACAGGUGCUCCCUAUCUGCACUCCACUGAGGCAACAACCAGCUGCCACAGCCGCAAGCAGCGCCAGCCAGUGAGGCUUCAGCUCUCUGACGCAAUGCCUGUCAUCAUCAAGGAUGAGGAGGAGGGCAGCGGGGAAGGCAGGGAAGGGGUGGUGGAGGAACGUGAUGCCAAAGUGAGCUGCUUCGCUGAGUGUGGUGGGAGCGGAAGCUUCCCCACCGGCUACAGUGACGAGGCAGAGGCUAAGGAUUCUGGGAGCACCAAUGGGGCCAGCAGGAAGGAGAGCAUCCACUUGGACUAUGCCACCUCCGAGGGCCAAGAUUUCUUUGGGAACCAAGAUGUGUUUUCAGAGUCCUUCAUCCCAACCUGGCAGGGGGAGGAAAGCGGCGAAGAGGCCAACCCAUCAGCCACACGGGACAGGGAGAAGUUCCACUCGGACUGCAGCUUGGAAGCCUCCAACUUGAGAAACUUGGCGGGGGAGUUCAAGUCAGACUUGGGCGGCCCCUCCUCAGCAUUCCCACCUCGCAGCAGUAGUAGCGGCGGUGGAGGAGGGUUGACCUUUGUCUCCUCCCUGGGCAUCCAACGGGAGCUGAAGGCUGAGGUCAGUGGUGCCAACACAGCUACCAGCACCACAAGCAUCUUCCAGUUCCACCUGCCCCAGCCUAGUGGCGUGGCCCAGAGCUUUUACAGCAUACAGCAGCAGCAGGAUGCAGGAGCCAGCAACAUGGUGCAGCUCAGCCCCAGCACCAUGGUACCAGGCACCCUGCACGGCGGAGAACAGCAGAGCCAACAGCCUGGUCCCUCGCGCUGCUCCGAACCCUCCUACCAGUGUAGCCAUUGCCAGAAAACCUUCAGUUCCCGCAAAAACUACACCAAGCAUAUGUUCAUCCACUCUGGUGAGAAGCCCCAUCAGUGCAGCAUCUGCUGGCGCUCUUUCUCACUGCGAGACUACCUGCUCAAGCACAUGGUGACCCACACGGGGGUGCGUGCCUUCCAGUGCUCCAUCUGCUGCAAGCGCUUCACCCAGAAGAGUUCUCUCAACGUCCACAUGCGCACCCACCGCCCCGAACGCUUCCAGUGCUGCAUUUGCAACAAGUACUUCUCUCAUCGCACCCUGCUGGAGCGCCACAUGACCACCCACACCGCCUGGAAAGGUGGGCAGCCUGAUGCUCCAGGGGCCAUUGUUGCCACUGCAUCCACUGCUGACUGGAAAGACAAACCAAGCCUCACGGUUGCUGCUGGCGAGGGGACCAUUGCUGCCACUGCUACAUGGAAGACAGGAGAACCAUCUGCAGAGAGUGCUAUUACAGCAUGGAAAGCAGGAGAUCCGGCCUCUGGGGAAGGCAGCCUGGUGGCCUGGAAGGGGGAGGCGACUGGGGAAGGGCCUGUUGCAGCUUGGAAAGGGGAUCCAGCCUCAGAUGCAUCCAUGCAGACUCACACGGCCUAGGAAGUUCUCUUUUGCCACUUUAUAAAGGGACCUUGCCCAGUCCUCACUGCUCAGACAGGUGGCAUCAAGGCCUGCCUCGAGCCACUGAAUUGGGAAGGGUACCCAGCAUCCUACAAGCUGCAAAACUGUCCAAUACAGGUCCAAGGCUUCUCCUAUUGCAGGGCAGAUGUUUUGGGGUCUGGGAGGCUGGAGGGAGUGUGUCUCAUUUUUAGUGAGGUUUCUAUCCCACUUUAAUGGAGGCAGGCAUGUGGGGUUAUCUCGUUUUAUCCUCACAACACCCUUGUGGGGUAGGUAAAAGACAGAAUGAUCAUGACUUGCCAAAGUCCACUCUUCAUGGUUGAGUGGGGAUUUUCAGUGCAAGUCUCUCCAUAUGACUCUCCAUCCACAACAGCGCACUGGCUUUUGGAUGCUCGCUGUUAAGAGAUGUGGCCAAGGGCACGAAUGGGACCACAUUCACAAUAGAUCUAGGAAUGCUAGAGCUGCCAACAUAAAGCCACCACUUACCUAUCUUUGGCAUUUAGGAACAGAAACAUCUAAAACAAGAUUAAAAAAAAGACUCCAAUCAUAGGAAUGGCAUGCUAACAGUCUUAAAGCAGUUCCUGGCCCUCAUUGUCAAAAUGGUUGAUUUCCAGAGAUAUAUACACACAUUUAAAUUUUAGUUGAGCCUUUCCUCUCUCCCUGUCUUUUUUCAAGUAAGAAAUAAAUCGGUGCGUAUGUAGAGUGCUAAACCAUAGAACUAAGAUGUUUCACAGAGAUUCUUGCUAAUCAGCCACAGUUUCAAAGCCUCAUUCCUUGACCGAAAUAAUAUAGUGAGUCAACGUGCUGGAGACAGAAAUGUUCGACUUUCAAAAGUGGUAGACUUCAGAUUGCUGGUGGAGGGUGGAGGAUCACAUGAACACAUGAAGUUGCCUUCUGUUGAGUCAGACCCUUAGUCUGUCAAGGUCUGACUAGUCUACCCUGACUGUUACCAACUUUCCAUCUAGAGUAAUUUCUAUCACCUGCUACCUGAUUCUUUUCGCUGGAGAUGUGCCAGGGAUUCAGCUUGGGACCUUCUGCGUGCAAAGAUGCUCUACCAUUGAGAUAUAGUAGCCAAGCUUGAACGCAUCUUUUCAUAAAAAGCUCCCUGCAAGAAAGUGAACAGAAUUCUCAGAAUUUUUUUUUAAAAAAACUCUAUUCUUAGGUACCUUGGUGCCCAGUUCCAAUAAGGACCAGGAGAAGGGGGUUCUGGACCUGAAAUGACCCCAAGGAUCCGCUAUUUGCUCCACUGGGGCAAAGAUAUAGGUCUCUGUUUUAGUAACUUCCCAACAGAGCAAAUAUAAUUGAGAUAUUUAUGCUGGCUUUUCGCCCCAGUGCGGGACCCAGAGUAGCUUACAACAUUCUGUCUAUCUGUUUUAUCCACACAAUAACCUUGUGAGGUAGGUUAGGCUGAGAGUGUGUGAGUGGCCCAAAAUCAUCCAGCAAGCUUCCAUGGCAGGUGGGGAUUCAGUGCUGGAGCUCCUAGAUCCUAGUCCAACACUCCCAACAGCUGCACUAUUCUGGCUCAAAUAGCAGCUACCUGAAGCUAUGUCUGCUCAGGACAAUGGCAUGGUAGUUGGCUUAAUUCCCUCCAUCUCUCAUGCAGUGGUGCCAAUUGGAAUCAGGUUCCUGAGUGCCUGAUAAUUGAGUUAAAAAUAACAAAACACUGGGCGCUGUGUUUGUGGAGCUCUCAGCAUAUUAUCUCAGAAAAUCUGAACUGGAACUUUUCUCCCUGGUAUGGCAGGACUUUUUUUUUAACAUAGUGGGGAAAUUUUAAUGUGGAGGAAUAUUCAGAAAAAAUAUUCACCACCUGUAGGCUGAAGUGGUCCAGUCCUUGCUACCCCUUGGGAUUCUGUCACCUGUAUGUUUCCUACUUGGGGACCAACACUGUGAUCUGGACAGAAAAGUGAGCCAUCUGAAUCCAGUAGCGUGAGAAGCGCGUUGUAGCUGGGGACAUGGUUCUGGAUCUCAUUUUGCUCGUCAUGGGCCAACGUUUAUCCAGUAAAUAGUCCUUGUGGCAACAAAAGGGUUCUUGCACCUGAUGAAUGUUCUAGCUCAGUGAAGCAUGCGUAACUUUCUUUAGUCUUUGGAAUCAUUUAUGAGAAAAAAAUAAAAUGACAAACGUACUUUGUACCUUC